AUGGCCACCAUGAGGACCUGGACACUGUCGCUUCUGUUUCCUGAGAACAGCCGAAUUUCAGAAGAACACAGUAGCUUAGAGCAGUUUUUGAGGAGCGGCAGAGGCCCACGCCGGGGGUCCCGCGGCGCGCCGGUGGCUGGCUUGGGAGUGACGCCACUCCCCAUCAGUGCCUGUUCCUUCAACACCUGCCAGGCUGUCUUACAGUCACCUGGAGCCAGCACAUCUCUGUCGGACUUGCCAGCGCCCCAGGUCAGCGAGUGGAGGGACCCACACCCCAGUCGAAUGCAGAUGCCGCAGGGGAACCCGCUGCUGCUUUCGUACACCCUGCAGGAGUUGCUGGCCAGGGACACCGUGCAGGUGGAGCUCAUUCCCGAGAAGAAGGGCCUCUUCCUAAAGCAUGUGGAAUACGAGGUUUCCAGCCAGCGCUUCAGGUCCUCCGUGUACAGACGGUACAACGACUUCGUGGUUUUCCACGAGAUGCUGCUGCAGAAGUUCCCCUACCGCAUGGUGCCGGCCCUUCCGCCCAAGAGAGUGCUGGGAGCCGACCGCGAGUUCAUUGAGGCCCGGCGCAGGGCCCUGAGGCGCUUCAUUAACCUGGUGGCCCGGCACCCCCCGUUCUCCGAGGACGUGGCCCUCCGGCUCUUCCUGUCCUUCAGUGGCCCGGACGUGCAGAACAAGUUGAAGGAGUCGGCUCAGUGUGUUGGAGACGAGUUCAUGAGCUGCAAGCUGGCUCCUCGGGCCAAGGACUUCCUCCCAGCCGACAUCCAGACUCAGUUCGCUGUCAGCCGGGAGCUCAUUCGAAACAUCUACAACAGCUUCCACAAGCUUCGCGACCGGGCCGAGCGGAUUGCGUCGAGGGCCAUCGACAAUGCUGCUGACCUCCUCAUCUUCGGGAAGGAGCUGAGUGCUUUAGGGUCUGAUACGACCCCGCUCCCCUCCUGGGCCACUCUGCACAGUAGCACGUGGGGGUCCCUGAAACAGGCACUGAAAGGCCUGUCCGUUGAAUUUGCACUGCUCGCCGACAAGGCCGCCCAGCAGGGCAAACAGGAAGAGAAUGACGUGGUGGAGAAGUUGAACCUCUUCCUGGAUUUGCUGCAGUCCUAUAAAGACCUGUGCGAGCGGCACGAGAAGGGCGUGCUGCACAAGCACCAGCGGGCCCUGCACAAGUACAGCCUGAUGAAGCGGCAGAUGAUGAGCGCCACUGUGCAGAGCCGGGAGCCCGACUCCGUGGAGCAGCUGGAAUCCCGCAUCGUGGAGCAGGAGAACGCGAUCCAGACGAUGGAGCUCCGGGGCUACUUCUCCCUGUACUGCCUCCACCAGGAGAUGCAGCUGGUCCACGUGUACCUGCCCCUCACCUCCCACAUCCUCGGUGCCUUUGUCAACUCUCAGAUCCAGGGGCACAAGGAGAUGAGCAAGGUGUGGAACGACCUGAAGCCCAAACUAAACUGCCUCUUCGCUGGACCCAGCGGCUCCCCGACUCCACCGAGGCUCCCGCAGGACGGCGUGUCUCCUCGCUAG